AUGCCUCGAGCCACUGCCCCCGCGGACAUUCCUCUCCCCAUCACCUACACUCCCACCACCCACCGCAUCAGCAAAGCCAAGAAGGGGAAGCGCGUCCAUGCUUGCGAGUAUCCAGGAUGCGCCAAGGUCUUCACUCGUGCCGAGCACAAGAGGCGACAUGAACUGAACCACAAUCCCGAGGCGCUGUACCGGUGCACCCAAACCGGCUGCAAGAAAUCAUUCCACCGCUCUGAUCUGCUUGCGCGUCAUAUGGAACGACAUGAACUCGAAGCUCAGAUGGACGCUUCAGCGCAAUGGGACCACCCUUCCAGCAGAUCUUCCGUCGGCUACAUUCCCAGAUACCCCGUGGUGACUCCUACGCCAGCGCCGUACAUCUCCAUGCCGCAGCCCCAGAGCGCAGUUUCCAAGUCUUCAGUCAUCCAGCCCGACCUGGCAAUUGACGGGCUCAUUUGGGGUACCAUGGAUCAGCACCAGCACCAGCACAUGGUCUCGCCCCCGUGCAUCCAAGAGUCCGUCGAAGAUACUGCCAGGUACUAUUCCACACCAGAGGCAUGCUCGUCACCAUCAUCAGACGGCACAACGUACUCGGUUCCUUCGUAUUCCGGUUCCAUCUCGUCAGUUUCAUCGACAUCGCCCGGUUUGGUCGACUCGUAUCCAGACCCAAUCAUCGACUCGGAGCUGACGUCUUCGCCGGGCCCGAUGCAUGCGACGCUUGACGGCUGCCAAUGGGAGCGCGCUGACACUGGGCCCCCUGCAACUGCGAGCAUGGUUCCCAUCUCUACUAUUCCGGACAGUCUGAUUCAUCCCGCUCUACAAUACCAAUCGCAAUCAUGGCCCAUGCCGCAGCAUAUCAACUAUAACGAGAACAUCAUCCAAUCUGUACCAGUAUCUCUACCGUACGAAACAACAGCAAGCAGCAACUGCAAAGCCCCGUGGGCUCUGUGA